AUGAUCACCUCGACCUUCUGUCUCUUGGUAGCUGCGACCAUUGCUACUGUUCUCUCGGCUGACUCGAAUCCUGAGUAUGUCAAACAGUGUUCGAGAAGCGAUCCGAAGCUGAAAUCAUGCUUGAUCAAUGCACUGCACCAUCUGAGACCGUACUUGAGCGUCGGGAUACCGGAAAUCGAGCUGCCUUCCGUCGAACCGUUUCGCAUGGACGAGCUGACUCUCUCCCUGACAGGUGGUACAAACGGUUACAAGGUCCAACUGCGUGAACUGUUCGUAAGGGGAGCAAGCAACUAUACCGUGGAGGACAUUAAACUCGGCUCACCCUUCGAAGCCAUUGUACGAAUGCCAGCCCUCAUCUUGGACGCGCAUUAUUCCAGUUCAGGGGUGCUAAUUAUCCUACCUGCCAGUGGAAAUGGUACCUUCCACGCGCGAUUCGACGAUGUCAAGGCUCUAGUUAAAGGUACCGUUUCCACGAACGUGAGGGAUGGAAAGACGUACCUCAACGUGGAGAACCUUGACGUUGUCCUGGAUGUGAAGAACGUGCAGAUGAGGGUCCGCAAGAUUUUUAAUAACAAUCGAAUCCUUACCGAGGCAACCAACCUGUUCCUACGCGAAAACGGACAGGAAGUGUUGAAAGUGAUGGAACCACAGCUGAAGAGGAAGCUCUCUGUACUCUUCGCUGGGAUCGUCAAUCAAUUGUUACGUCACGUGCCAGUAGAAGUCUACCUGCUGCCUUGA